GUCUACGUCAAAAUAAUUUCUUCGGCCAUAUUUGUUGUUGGCAAAGCGGAAAAGAAGGUGGCAGCAAUAACUAGCCAAUAGCAAAUAAAUUGGUAAACGUUUGGUGACAACAAUGACAAGUAGGGCUAGUGGCCUUGUUCAACGCAAGGUUGUGACAACGCAUGGAGCUGAAGGUGGGAAGGAGCACCGAGAAGACGAUAAUUACCAAGAAGAGGAGGAAGAUCACGAUUCGAAGGAAACACGUCUUACGCUACUGGAGGAAGUCCUGCUGUUGGGACUGAAAGACAGGGAGGGAUACACAUCAUUUUGGAAUGACUGCAUAUCUUCAGGAUUGCGUGGAUGUAUAUUAAUAGAGUUAGCUCUCAGAGGGAGAGUUGAGCUGGAAAAAGCUGGAAUGAGGAGACGAAGUCUUUUGAACAGAAAAAUAUUGUGUCGUAAUAAUAACCCAACUGGUGACGUCUUAUUGGAUGAAGCUCUAAAACAUGUCAAGGAGACUGAACCUCCAGAAACUGUACAAAGCUGGAUUGAAUAUUUAAGUGGAGAAACAUGGAAUCCUUUGAAACUGCGAUACCAGCUACGAAAUGUCCGAGAGAGGCUGGCAAAAAAUCUGGUAGAAAAAGGUGUAUGUUCCACAGAAAAACAAAAUUUCCUUCUAUUUGACAUGACCACGCACCCUCUCACAGACUCUGGAGUAAAACAGAAACUCAUUAAGAAGGUCCAAGAUGCUGUCCUCAGUCGCUGGACGAAUGAUGCCCACAGAAUGGACCGGCGACUACUAUCUUUGAUCUAUCUUGCACAUGCUUCAGACGUUCUUGAAAAUGCAUUUGCACCCUUGUCCGAUGAUGAUUAUGAAAUUGCAAUGAAGCGUGUGCGUGAGCUGCUAGAUUUGGACUUUGAAACUGAAAGUAUGAAAGAGGGGACCAAUGAGCUAGUGUGGGCGGUGAUUGCAGCUUUCAGUAAAUGACAGAUUUGUAGCCUUAUAUAUAUAUAUAUAUAUACAUGUAUAUAUAUGACACAUAGUGGGAUCACUGUUGCAUUUUUGCAAGUUUGAAGAAUGGAUGUUUCGUGGGUAAAAAAUAUUGAUGCACAAUAUAUCAACAGUAUAUUUCCUUUUAUACUAAUAGGUAAUCGGUAAUGUGUAUAACACAUAUCGUGACCAUUGGUUGUGUUUGCGCUGUAGCACUAUAUACUUCCUACCCAGAAAUUUCAGACUUCAAAAUUAAUUGUAAAGAAACAUACCUUACAUCUUUUAAUUAAAGUAGUCUGAAAACAUGAGUGAUACCAACUAAAAAUAACUAAUCAGAACUAUAAGUUUGACAGAGCAAAAAUAUGGUUUCUUGAAUAAUGUUUUUGCAUUUUGUUCAGACAGAUAUAAUUAAUGUAUUGGAAAUGGAAGGGGAAGCAAUUUGUGAAAGUCUGUUAUAUUAUGGGAGGGGGAAGGGAUUACCAUACUUGCAUGUGACCUAAUUCCUCACCAUAAUGGUCAUUCAAUUCCAGACUAGUUCGAAUUGUCUGUCAUAUGGUUUUCACUUGUCUUCAUAGCAUCUCAUUAGUUUGUACGGUAGUAUGCAUACACAACUACACAGUAUAUUAUAUAAAAGGUGUAAUAUUGGUGAAGUAAUUUCAUCAGCUGACACAGGUUAUUCAUUAACAGACACAUACAGACAUAAUUUUACUAUUAAAUUAUGUGUGAAAGUGUAUAACACACAUAUAUGCUUAUCUAGGUAAGCAUUGGUACCUAGCUCCUACAAGAUCAAUUCAAUUGUACAUGUUAGGGCAAAAAUUUCACAAAUAUGGUUCUUGGUACAGGAUACACCAAAUUUUAGUUCAGGUGUACAACAAGAGUUACCAAUACAUAUAAUUUGAACCUUUGGUAUUCCAUACAGAACCUAGAACUUUUAUCUUUUAUUGGAAUAGCUCUACAUUGUAGUAAAUUUACAUGUUGUAUGCCAUUUUUAAUCCUGCCUAAAAUUAAACCAGGCAUUUCCUGGUCCAGGUUUUCUUUGCCACUAUUGUCUUGUACCCUCUAACUUAUUUUUAGAAAUUAUAAAUAAAAAGUUUGUGUGCGACAUAAUAUAUUGCAAUAUGCAUUUAUAGAUAUAUAGUGAACAUUCCUGCAUGACUUUAUUAAUGUAGAGUAACUCCCAUAUAUAGGUAUAUCAUCAAGACACUCGUGAUCAUAAUCUUAUGGUAGUUGUGUAAAUUUUGAUUACUCGGAAUAUUUAACUGUACACUUAGAAAUUUGGUUUCUGUCAUUCUCCGCCCUUUGGAAACCAGUUCAUAUCUAGCUCUAAAUCCCAUAAAACAAAGAUUCCUAUAUUAUCUGUGUGACAUGAGGGAGGGAUAACUCUUAACGGUUUGUCUCUGAUGAGUGUAUUUUUGUGUGUAUAUUAUAAUCGCUAAUCAUUAAGACAAAUGAUAAUGAUCUGUAUUGCUUUGUGUGUACAUCUUUUGUAUUAUGAUUACCUAAAAACUAGAAAAAAGACAGUUAUCUAAAAAAAUUUAGAUAACCAAAAUGACAUUUACAGCACACAUCAGUAGAUGUGAGACAUGCUGAUCAUAGGGUGAAUUUAUAUAUAGAAAUAUUUAGGUUAGGUAUUGAAUCCUGUCCAUGAAAUUUUACAUUGGUUGUUUGUGGAUUGUGUAUGUGGUGUUCACUGUUAAAGCAUGUAUAAGUAGAUCUAUCGUUAUUCACAGCACAUGCUAUUAUUUUAACCGUAGAUGUCUUUUUUUUUAUCUUCAAAUUUUGAAAACAAUUCUGAUGAAAGGAGUUCAGUGUUUCUGGUAGUAAUAUUAUAACAGCUGCAAUUGUGUAGAUUUUCCAUAAAAUUUCCCUUCAAACAAUAUUUUGUACUCAUUCGUUUUGACCUCAAUGUGUAAAAUUAUUUACUGUAUAUGGUAACGAUAAACUAGAUACAUUUAAACAGAUGAUUCUAAGCAUAGUUAAUAUAUUGGGAGGUUGUCUUCUUAAAAAUUUCUGUAAAUGACAAAAUCUAACUCAAGAGGUUACUUAUUGAGGUAUGGUAACGUGCCAUAGACAAAUGACAGAAUUGUUAAAUGAGGAUACAUUUAAUGAACCAUCCGAGGUAAAUUUGUUGUCAAGGUCACUGUGACUAUAAAUAGACAUUCGUGAAUGUUGUAUAUAGAAACUUAAGUUAAUCAUCCAAUGAGUAUUAAUUCCUAAUUAGCAAGUUUGAUUAUUUAAUUAUCACACUCUAAAAUGUAACGCCUGGCGAGGUAAUGUAGGACUUUUCUUUCUCAUAUGUCUUAAGAUUAAAGUUGUCAUUAUUUGAGAUGAAGUUAUACUUAGUGAUAAUGACCAUUAUUAGGGAGAAGGUCCAUUAUGAAUUGCUCACAGCUGCAAAUUAUAAACUUUUCCCCUUUUCCCUGUGCAUGAUAGAAUACCCAAGCACACACAGUAACAUAUAAAUGUUGUAAGGUUGAAUUAUUUCUCCUGAAACUUGUUAAUUUGAAUGUUUUUAUUGAAAACUAAUAUAAUAUCAUGUGAUGCAAGAAAAUUGGUAAAAACUUUUUUUUCUCAUCAUUGAUCAGGCUUUCUUGAUUUAGAAAUACCAUUCAGGUAUUUGCGAAAGUUCUUGGUAAACGUUUCCACCCUGAGGGUUAGGAACUGACAGCAAAAAUUCAGAGAAAGCAGUACUAUUUAGUUUCUAACCCUUCUGGCAUAAUUUUUAGUUAUAUUCUACAUGAAUAGUUUAGGAUUUCAGCAGGGAAGUGGGAUAUAUAUAUAUUUAAUCUUAUUUAGUCAUUAAUAUGGUACUCUAUAUACACAAACAAUUAAAUUGAAAUCCAUAUCAAUGAUUGUGAUGUUUGUACAUGUUUUCUUAGGUUUAUCUUGAAAGUACAAGUUCAUAGGGGCACCCAGUUUGAAAAUCCUGUUCUGCAUAUAAAAUCAAGGGUCAACACCUCUAGGGAUCUCUCUGGGGCAAGAGUUAGUGAUAUUUGGCUGUGGGGAUGUUGCUAAAAAAAAAUGCAUCCACUUUCUCCAAAAAACCUAGCUUUAUCUCUGCAUAGUCAUAUAGUAUACGUCUGUAGGUAUAAUGUAUAAGGCACGGAGAUUAUAAUUCAAACAAAAAUAUUAGAUUCUUGAGUAUAUAUUUCUGUUUGCAGUACUUUCAAUGACAGCAGAAUUAGUCCCUCUUGAAUAUGACAAACAUAUAUUCAGUGUACAUGAUAUUAAAGUAUGGCGAAUCGACGAUCUAUGUGUAUAUGAUUGUGGAGCUGUGUGUGGCUGAAAAUUGGAGUUGUAAUAUCAGGUUUUUGUAUGACUUAACAUCAGGUCUUAUGAUGUCAUUAAAUUUGUAAUUAAUUCAUAGAAGUGCUACACAUACAAGACAGUCCUACAUAUAGAUAUAUAUUUAUGUUUUUGUGUGAAUUUGUUAUCCUGUGUAGUAGUUGGUUGUUAUUGAUAUUGGAAUAAGAAAAAUGUUAAUGGAAGGAUUUUUUUUUACUAAGAAAAUUUUCCUGUUUUGUUGACCAUGCAUAGUAUAAAAAGCAGUAUUGACUCGUGCUAAAUGUCUGGUGGGGAUUUAAAACAGACAUAAGCUUGUUUACCAUGUCAUGUGUGAUGAAAUAUGUCUUUACCAUUGGUGUUUGUUAUCUGCAUGCCCUUAGACCGGGCUCAAGUCCAUUAUAAAUAUAUGACAUUGGUGUUGGUUAUUCCUUCUAUUGAACUCUUUGGUCCUGAACCACAUUGAUUUGAAGAUUGGCACUUUUUGGCUUUGAGCUUUUCUAGUGUUAACCUGGAAUAUAGCACCAAAAUAGAGGCUGAAAUUCUACUAGUUUUUUACUUGGAAUUGACACAAGUGUGAAACGAGACCUUAGUAUCUAUUCGGAGGAAUGUACAUGUGUUAUAAAAGUUGAAAAAUUAUGGGAAAACCUACAGCUGUAUUAUCUUAUUACUAAGUAAACUUCUACCAAACACACUGUGAAAUACUGUCACAGUAUCAUACAGUUUGUGGGAGGAACAAGUUCCCUAACUUAUUCAACUGUUGCUGUCAUGUGUAUUUUGCCAAGUUUUUUUUUAAGAGAAGGAAAACUUUUUUCUUAACCAAUUGCAUAUACUAAAACACAUUUACAAUAAAAUUAAUCAUGUUCAGGUCACCAAAAUAACUGUUUUGGUGUGAUUAUCAUUUCCGAUAACAAAUUUGCAAUUUGUUAUUAAAAUUGGUAAGAGUGAAAAUGAUUGUGUAUUGAAUGAAAGUUUUUUUAUGUUUGUUGUAAAUGUGUUUUACCGUAUUUAUCCAGUGAGGAAUGACUAUCAUUGUAUCUCUAGUAUGUCUUCAUAUCAGAGCACCAGAUUCACCAUACUUGAUGUCAUGUUACAUGGUGUUACUUUGAAAAAAAAAAGAGAUAGUAAAAAAAAAAGGGGGAGAGGGGGGAAUCAUCAGCUAGGAUUGAUGAAGUUGUUAAGGAUUAAAAAAAAAACCACCAUGAAUAUUCAUGCUUUGGUGAAAAUCAUAUUUAAAUUUCAACCAAUACAAGACAAUAUUAAUCUUGUAAAAUAUAAUUAGUUUAAAAUAUUUGUAAAUAUUGUGUAUAUUUCUAAUCUUCACAUUCAUUCUUAUGAUUUAAAAAGAUUUUUGUUUUUGACAUGCUUAGUCUCUGGUUUUAGAUAAAAUGGUGGAAGCUUAAAUCUACCAUGAAUUAUAAUGUUGGUUUUUAUAUAAAAAUACCAAAAAAAAAAGUCAUAGAAUUUUUCCAUCAUCAUUAUUACUAUAAUGUGACAUUUUUAUUGUGAGGGUACUGAUAAAAAGGUGGUGUAUAUAUUAUUUUGCUGUACUACAGAAGUGUUAGAGGGGUACUACUACUAGUACCAAAUGGUGACAUGAUAAUCAUUGUACAGUGAAGCUGGAAUAAAUCACAUUCUAAAAUAUAA